ACAAGUUGACGCUGCUAAGGAACUUAGACCCGAAGUUGGAUUUUGGGUGUUUUGUCUACCUGUACGUGUACCCUUGAAUUCAAAUCAAACCUCACUCUUGUUCGUCUCCUCUCUCUGUAGCUCUGCUUUGUUUUUGAGUCCGUUUGAGAUUUGUGUGCUGCGAAAUCACAAGGUUUUUGGCAUUUGAUAUACUUGCAAUGGAAGCGAAGAUCGGCAACUUCUUCGGUUCGGUUGGUAACUUCUUCUCCGGCGGCGAUCAGAUCCCUUGGUGCGACGGUGACAUCGUCUCUGGUUGUGAGCGAGAGGUUGCUGAGGCUGAGAAAGGUUCCUCUGUUGAGCAUAAAAGCCAGUGUAUCACGAGGUUAUCAUGGGCUCUUGUUCACUCAAAACGGCCAGAAGAUAUGCAACGCGGCAUAGCUAUGCUUGAAGCUUCUCUAGCUGGCAUUAGCAGCCCACUGCAAAUGAGAGAGAACCUUUAUCUUCUGGCUGUUGGAUAUUACAGAAGUGGGGACUAUUCAAGGAGCAGGCAGCUUGUUGACCGAUGUUUGGAGAUUGCACCUGAUUGGAGGCAGGCCGAAACCCUAAAGAAAGCAAUUGAAGAUCGGAUUAAAAAAGAUGGAGUAAUAGGUAUUGGCAUUGCUGCAACUGCUGUAACUGCUGUGGGAGUUUUGGCUGGUGGGAUUGCGGCGGCACUGUCUCGUAAGAAAUGACCCCCAAUUAAUGUUGUAUUUUGAAGAGUGAACGAAAAAACAAAAUCCACCAGAGUUCCUUGUUUUCUAUCCCUAAACAUGUCUGGUCUUUCUUUAAAUCUUGUGGUUGAACUUUAAUGUUGAAAUAUAGAAGAAUGGUUUGUUAAAAGCUCUCUUUCGUUCUU